AUGCAGUUACCGCAGAAGCGUAGUCAUCGUCAACGCGCUCAUUGUAAUCCAUUUUCUGACCAUGAUUUAGAUUAUCCUUUAUCGCCUGAACUGGUUGAUAAAAGACCGGAUAUCUUAGAUGUGGGUUGUGGUUAUGGUGGGAUGCUUUUUUGCUUAUCAGAAUUAUUUCCUAAUAAGGAAAUUUUAGGAAUGGAGAUUAGAAAGAAACUAGUUGAUUACGUUAAUUUAAAAAUACAAUAUUUACAAUCUGAAAAGGGGUUAGCCCAUAACGUAUCAGCGGUUCGUACUAAUACUAUGAAAUUCCUGCCCAAUUACGUAGCUAAAGCUUCCCUGGCGAAGAUGCUUAUUCUCUUCCCGGAUCCCCAUUUCAAGAAGAAGAAGCAUAAGGCCCGGAUUGUCUCUACAGUUAUGUUGGAUGUUUAUAGUUAUGUUUUAGUCCCUGAAGGCCGGCUUUACUUAGCUACCGAUGUUGAGGAGUUGUUCCUGAGUAUGUGUGCGUGUGUGGAAGGGCAUCCUUUAUUCCGGCGCUUGUCUGUAGAGGAGGCGGAACAGGACGAAUUGUGGCCGCAUUUGGUGGCUCAAACCGAAGAGUCAAAGAAGGCUGACAUGAAGCAUUCUCAGAAGUAUCGUGCCAUCUUCCAAAACAUAUCAUAA